GCGGCGGCGGCCGGGACGAGGCGGCGGCGGCGGCGGAGGCGGCGGCGCGGGGCGCUAGGGCUGAUGGCGGCGGCGGCCGGCCCCGGGACGGCGCUGUCCCCGCGGCCGUGCGACAGCGACCCGGCCACCCCCGGAGCGCCGUCCCCGAAGGAUGAUAAUGAAGAUAAUUCAAACGAUGGGACCCAACCAUCCAAGAGGAGGCGAAUGGGCUCCGGAGAUAGCUCUAGGAGCUGUGAGACUCCAAGUCAGGAUCUCGGCUUUAGCUACUAUCCAGCAGAAAAUUUGAUAGAGUACAAAUGGCCACCUGAUGAAACAGGAGAAUACUAUAUGCUUCAAGAGCAAGUCAGUGAAUAUUUGGGUGUGACCUCCUUUAAGCGGAAAUAUCCAGAUUUAGAGCGACGAGAUCUGUCUCACAAAGAGAAGCUCUACCUGAGAGAGCUGAAUGUCAUCACAGAAACUCAGUGCACUCUAGGUUUAACAGCAUUGCGCAGUGAUGAAGUGAUUGAUUUAAUGAUAAAAGAGUAUCCAGCCAAACAUGCUGAGUAUUCUGUUAUUUUACAAGAAAAAGAACGUCAGCGAAUUACAGAUCAUUAUAAAGAGUAUUCUCAAAUGCAACAACAGAAUACUCAGAAAGUUGAAGCCAGCAAAGUGCCCGAGUACAUUAAGAAAGCUGCCAAAAAAGCAGCCGAAUUUAACAGCAACUUGAACCGGGAGCGCAUGGAAGAGAGAAGAGCGUAUUUUGACUUGCAGACACACGUUAUCCAGGUGCCUCAAGGGAAGUACAAAGUGUUACCGAUAGAGCGAACCAAGGUCAGUUCUUACCCAGUGGCCCUCAUCCCGGGACAGUUCCAGGAAUAUUACAAAAGGUACUCAGCAGACGAGCUGCGGUAUCUGCCGUUAAACACGGCCCUCUACGAGCCCCCGCUGGACCCGGAGCUGCCGGCCCUGGAUAGCGAUGGCGACUCGGACGACGCCGAGGACGGUCGAGGCGACGAGAAGCGGAAACAUAAAGGCACUUCGGACAGUUCCUCCGGCAACGUGUCUGAAGGAGAAGGCCUUCCCGACGGCCAGGAGGAGCCUCUCCCGGGAAGACAGAGAUCCAAGGACAAAGCUGCUACUCCAAGAAAAGAUGCUUCCAAACGUUCUGUACUGUCCAAGUCAGUCCCUGGGUACAAGCCAAAGGUCAUUCCAAAUGCUCUAUGUGGAAUUUGUCUGAAGGGUAAGGAGUCCAACAAGAAAGGGAAGGCUGAAUCACUUAUACACUGCUCCCAGUGUGAUAAUAGUGGCCACCCUUCUUGCCUGGAUAUGACCAUGGAGCUUGUUUCUAUGAUUAAGACCUACCCUUGGCAGUGUAUGGAGUGUAAAACUUGCAUUGUAUGUGGACAACCCCACCAUGAAGAAGAAAUGAUGUUCUGUGAUGUGUGUGACAGAGGUUAUCAUACUUUUUGUGUGGGCCUUGGUGCUAUUCCAUCAGGUCGCUGGAUUUGUGACUGUUGUCAGCGAGCCCCCCCAACACCCAGGAAAGUGGGCAGAAGGGGGAAAAACAGCAAAGAGGGAUAAAAUAGUUUUUGACCCCAAUAUUGUAAUACGGAUUUAAAUGAACUACUUGGUGCCAAUUUAUUUACAUUCUUGAUUUUAUGCCAAUAAAAGAUUUCUGAAAUUCA